AUGUCCUGGGCUGGAUUUAAGAAAAAUGUCAACCGCGCCACGACGCAGGUGAUGAUGAAGACGGGACAUGUGGAACGGACCAACGAUCGCGAUUAUGAAAUUGAGGAAAGACGCUAUCGGACUAUGGAGGCUGCUGCGAACAGGCUACAGAAGGAGGCUAAGGGCUAUCUGGAUUCGCUACGAGCGAUGACUGCGUCUCAGAUGCGAAUUGCCGAGACAAUUGAUGCUUUUUACGGCGAUGCGGGGACACGCGAUGGCGUCAGUCGAAGUUACAAGCAAGCGGUUGAAGACCUGGAUGCUGAGACGAUCAAAGCCUUGGAUGGACCUUACCGGUCAACUGUGCUGGAACCGAUCUCGAGAUUCUGCGCCUACUUCCCGGAUAUCAAUGAGUGCAUCAAGAAGCGCAACCACAAACUCCUCGAUUACGAUUCGAUGCGGGCGAAGGUGAAGAAACUAGUCGAGAAGCCUGACAAGGACGCGACGAAACUGCCCCGCACUGAGCGCGAGAUGGAAAUCGCCAAGCAGGCAUAUGAGCAACUCAACGAGCAACUUUUCACCGAACUACCUCAACUGAUUGAUCUUCGGGUUCCGUACCUGGACCCCAGCUUUGAAGCCCUUGUCAAAAUUCAGCUGCGCUUUUGUGCCGAGGCAUACUCGCGUAUGGCUCAAGUACAGCAGUACCUGGAUGCAGAGACGCGGGAUCAGUACGCUCGGGGCGAUUUAGACAACCGUGUGGAAGAAGUGUUGCAGGAGAUCCGGGAUCUGAGCAUAGCGGGCACUGUGUGAAGGUUCAAACAAAGGAUCUCGUUUUUCCAUUUCCUUUUCUUCUUUCCAUCUUCGCUGAAGAGGGGCGGCGUUUUCCACUAUUUGCUUUCCUCCGCGAACUGCGCCGUCGCUAUCAUCAUUUACUCCCGUGGGCCAUCAUUCCUUCCUCGAUGAUUCUCUUUAAUACUUGAUUUGCUGGUUGCAUAAGGCGAAGGUCUUUGGAAAGGAGGAGUACUAGUUCACGCUUCCAGCCUCUUAGCUAGACGGCCCAUUGUGUAUGAUCUAAUUACACUCUGGUUUCCUUACAUAUUAGGACCUUAAAUUGCAUCACAUGGGUAGCUGUAG